AUGGCUCGAGUCCUGCCGGAGAAUCAUCUUGACCGAAAUAGCCUGAAUACAUUUCAUUACUUUGCUCCAAGCCGCCAGGUCACUAUUCAGUUGUUACGCGCAACAAUUGCCUUGAUCACUUGUCUUCUUGUUGCCGGAGUUCUUGUCGAAUUGAACCACCAUUCGUCACUCAUCCUAUGGGGCAUGACAUUCCAAACUGGCUCUACAAUUUCCUCCGGCGCCUCUUCGAUUUCUUCUGCCACUUUUCAAGCUCUUCCGCUCCUCCUCUCUCAUCUGGUCUCUCGGCUGCCAUAUCCUUCCCAGCUAGAAGUGGCAACAUCACGUACUUCUAGAGACGGAAACAAACCGGACAUUUGUCGCCCCGGGGGAAGAUUGUUGACUGGACAAGACUUGCCAGUAUGGGCACGUUGCUGCCACUUUCUGCUCGGCCCGAAGAAGAGUGAGAAGCAGUCAGGAGUCAUUCUGGAAGAGGAGAGAAUGGCCGGCAGAAGCUGA